GCCCAGGAGCAACUACAGAGAAGGCCUGAUCACGAGUCACUGCCAGGCAAGCUGUAGCCAGAGACAGACCUCUCCUGAUGCCCUUAAAGUGCGGUGGGGAUCACACUGAUGAAAGCGCCCUCCCAGGUUGAUUUCAGGAGGCUGCCGAAUUGGGGUGGCUCUACACUGACCAGUGCAGAAAGCAACGGAUCUGGAUGCUGCUGGGAAGAGCCAGCAGUUCUGUCCAACAAGAUGCAUCCCUUCCGGAACUCUUGGGGACCAAUCAGCCCAGCCGGAGCCUCUUGCCAAACGACACGGAAGGGGGCGGGCAAGGUCAUCACGUCUGAUACCCUGGCAGAGGGAGAAGGUCUCAGGGAAGCACCUUGGGACAGCUUGGCGGAAGAGGUCUGCAGCGCCCACGUGCGGAACCUGGCAGUGCUGACGCUAUCGGUUGAUGGCCGCAUGGAGGAAGCCGGAGGGUGUGCCGACAGACCAUUCCAUGACAGGAGGGAGAGGAAGAGGAAGGCGCGAUCCCACACAUCCACCGGGAAUAUGCCCAGUUCGCUGUUUGCGGACAUGGAGAGGAAUGGGAGCGGAGGCGGAGGCGGCGGAGGGGGAGAGACCCUAGAUGACCAAAGAGCCCUUCAGAUCGCCCUGGAUCAGCUCUCCCUCCUGGGCUUGGACAACGAUGAGACGGGCUCGCUCUACGACAACGAGCCGCGCAAGAAGAGCGUGAACAUGACCGAAUGCGUCCCCGUGCCCAGCUCGGAGCAUGUCGCGGAGAUCGUGGGAAGGCAAGGUUGUAAAAUCAAAGCGCUGCGGGCCAAAACCAACACCUACAUCAAGACCCCGGUCCGAGGGGAGGAGCCGCUCUUCGUCGUAACCGGCAGGAAGGAGGAUGUGGCCAUGGCCCGGAGGGAGAUCAUCUCGGCGGCGGAGCACUUCUCCAUGAUCCGCGCCUCCCGGAACAAAAACACCGUCUUGAACGGGACGGUGCCCAGCCCCCCGAACCUGCCCGGGCAGACCACCAUCCAAGUUCGGGUGCCUUAUCGGGUGGUCGGGCUGGUGGUGGGACCCAAGGGGGCCACCAUCAAGCGCAUCCAGCAGCAGACGCACACCUACAUCGUCACGCCCAGCCGGGACAAAGAGCCCGUCUUCGAGGUGACGGGCAUGCCCGAGAACGUGGACCGCGCCCGGGAGGAGAUCGAGGCCCACAUCGCCAUGCGCACCGGCGGCAUCAUCGAGCUGACCGAUGACAACGACUUCCACGCCAACGGCACCGACGUGGGCUUCGAGCUGAACGGCGGCGGCCCGGGCAGCCUCUGGAGCAAGCCCACGCCGCCGCCGCCUCCUCCUCCACCCCCGCCGCCGCCCCCUGUCCCCUCCAGCAUCACCCCGACGCCGGGGCGCAAGCCCUUCUGCAGCUACCGCAACGACAGCUCCAGCUCGCUGGGCAGCGCCUCGACGGACUCUUACUUCGGCAACGGGAGCGUCAGCGGCGGUGGCAGCGCCCGCCUGGCCGACUACAGCCCGCCCAGCCCGGCCCUCAGCUUCACCCACCACAACGGCAACAACAACAACAACGGCUACGGCGUUUACGGAGGAGGGGGCGGCGGCGGCGAGGUCCUGUCGUCGCCCGAGUGCUGCGGCUCGGAGCUGCCGCCCGCCUUCGACUCCCCGCCGGGUUUCGACUUGGCUCCGGCGCCUCCGCCCGGCGCGCCUCUGCUCUGGUCGCAGUUCGAGCGCGGCCCCUCCUCGCCCAGCGGCGUGGCUUUCCCGGCCGGGGGCGCGGCGCCCGCCAACGCCAACCUGGCCUUGCUGGUGAGCGGCGGCCAGAGGCGUGGCGCCCCGGCCCCGACGCGCCAGUCCCCGCCUCUGCACGGAGGAGGGAGCGGAGGCGUGGCGCUGGCGGGCGAGCAGCAUCCCCUGGCGCGCCGGGUGCGCAGCGACCCCGGGGGCCGCCUCAUCGCCGCCGCCGUGGCAGCCGCCGCCGCAGCUGCGGCCGCCUCCUCCUCCUCGUCGUGCUCCUACCCGCUCUACGCCAACGGGCUGGGCUGCCACUUGCCCGGCCUGCCGUCCGACUCCUCGGCCUCCUCCUCCUCGUCGUCCAGCUCUUCCUCUAGCUCCUCCUGCUCUUCGUCCGGCAUGCGGAGGAAAGGCAGCCGCGACUGCUCGGUCUGCUUCGAGAGCGAAGUGAUCGCCGCCCUGGUGCCCUGCGGCCACAACCUCUUCUGCAUGGAGUGUGCCAACCGCAUCUGCGAGAAGACGGAGCCCCAGUGCCCCGUCUGCCACAGCGCAGUCACUCAGGCCAUCCGGAUCUUUUCCUAAGAAGCGCCCUCCUCAGACCGCCACCGCCUCCCUUUUCCAAGGUCUCCGACUGGCAUAUAUACCUGCAUAUAAAUAUAUAUAAUAGCCGUCUUGAGCUUUUAAAGCUGCAGUCUGCGCACAUGCCCCCGCCUGGCCCACUCCCCCCAAAAGAAACAAAAGGAAGAUCUGACUUUGCAGGGUGGUUGGUACCCCC